ACAAUAAUAUUGUAUAUUAUAUCAACAAAAAUGCGUUCAGACUUUAGUCGUGUAUGCACGAUUGUCGAAGUCGUCGUCCAGCGUCUUAAUAACACACGUCGACAGUCAACCGCACCGCCGCGCCGGCACUAUGGUCGCUGGCCAUAGCGGUCCGGACUUCCCGUCCGGACAUGCACUUCCCGCUGUACACGCAUAAUAAUAUAUCGAAUUACUCGUCUCCAACACGCCAGUUUUUAACCUGUAACGAGACAAAACACGGUAUGAACGGUUUGUUGACAAAAACGGCAAAGCAAAAUGGUUUUGCUACACUUGAAUUCUUUGCUGAUUAUACUGUUAUGUUGUUGCGGAAUAUGCAAGGUGUCUUGCUAUUUUUCUUACUCGCCCCCGAAGGCGGAUAAAAACGAUUGGUGGGCAAAUUCUGUGAUUUAUGAAAUAUUUACCAUGUCGUUUUUCGAUACGGACAGUGAUGGACACGGCGACUUGAAAGGUGUGACCCAAAAACUAGAUUAUUUAGCCGGCCUGGGAGUGACUGCCAUUUGGCUAACGCCGUUUUUCCAAUCGCCCAUGGAAUCUUCUGGUUAUGACAUCACAGAUUAUAAGGCUAUACUGCCACGUUUUGGUACGAUGGACGAUUUUAAAAAUUUGAUCCACGCCACUCACGGAAAAGGCAUAAAGGUCUUCAUAGAUUUUGUGCCCAACCACACGAGCAGAAAACACGAUUGGUUCACAAAGUCGGUUAGAAAAAUCGACCCUUAUACGAAUUAUUACGUAUGGAGGAACGCUAAAAACCACGAAGACGUUAUAAAUAAGGGAUCGGACCCGAUUGUUCCAAACAAUUGGUUGAGAAUUUAUCCGAACGGCGACGACAAGAGUGCUUGGAUAUGGAACAAACACCGUCAACAGUAUUACUUCGUGCAGUUCGCUCCGAAUUUGCCGGAUUUGAAUUACCGCGAAAAAGCUGUGCACGAUCAGAUGGGAGACGUUUUGAAUUUUUGGCUGAACUUAGGAGUCGACGGUAUCCGAGUUGACGCUUUGAAACACGUGUACGAGAAGUAUACUACCGACGACGAGCCGCUCAUUGAUCCUAAUGGCUCGUUGGUUUAUGGAAAUCUGAAUCACACUCUGACCGUCGACCAACCGGAAGUGUACGAUUUGAUUAAGGAAUGGCGGAAACUACUGGACGGGUUCGCGGCCAGAAACGGAAGUAACAAGAGAGCAAUAAUGACCGAGUCGUAUAGUCCGAAUACGGUGUUGAGUGAAUACUACAAGAGUGGAGCUGAAAUACCGACAUAUUUUCAGCUGAUGGAGCAAUCUAAAAACAAAUUGGCGACAAAAUUCUACAAGUUGUUAGAAAAUUGGUUUGCAACUAUGCCGAAAGGAUCGUUUAACAGCGUGUUACAAAACCAUGAUAAUCCGAGACUUUCUAGCCGGUUCGGGUCUAAGUAUGUGGACAUGCUGAAUGCAUUUCAAUUGUUUCUUCCGGGUCCGGCAAUUAUGUACUAUGGCGGAGAAAUCGGUAUGGGAAACCAGCCGGAUCAGACGGACGGCAACAUGAGAUCGCCAAUGCAAUGGGACGACAGUGCAAAUGCCGGUUUUUCCGACACGAAUCCGUGGUCUCCGGUGUGUGACGAUUACAAAACCAUUAACGUCAAGACCGAAAGCGACGACCAGAAAAGUCAUUUGAACUUUUUCAAAACGGUCUUGUCGCUGCGUAAAUCCAAAACACUUGUCGACGGAGAACUCGGGGUGUACAAUUUUACAAACACUAUGCUGGUGAUUCGCAGAUAUUUAAAUGAUGACCACAACUACGUUUUAGUAUUAAACUUCAAAUCCAGUUCACAGGAUAUUAACUUAUCUGAUCAAAUUACGGUUUUGAAAAAACAAUUGUUGGUUGUCGACGGAUCACAACAAUCCGGAUACAAUGCUGGGGACAAAAUAGACGGAUCAAAAUAUUUAACUUUGCAACCUAUAAGUGCUGUAGUGCUAACAGAUAUAUUUUGAUAAAGUUUCAAAACCUUACAUAUUUUUAACCAACAAAGUUUCAGUAGAGUGCCUCUGGGCACUGUAGUUUUAGAUAUUUUUUUUGUCAAAAUUCUAUCUAUAUAUUUUUAUAGCUAUUAUAUUUUUGCAUUAAUAAUAUUAUAAAUAUAGUACAAGUACUUAUUGUUAAUUUGGGCUUUAUGUUUAUUAUUUAAAAUAAUUAUCGUUUGAAACAUUCACUCAAAGCAUUUAUUUUCUCGUGUUUAAUGCUAGAAGAACAAACAUGUUUUUGUGCCUACUUAUUAUAUAUUUAAUAAAACUAUCAAGCAUUUAAUAACUGAAAAAGAAUCGUUAGUGUUCAAUAAAAAAUGUUACCAAUCUUACACACACUACAUUAAUAAUUGUACAACAGGUAUUGAGUAAAAUAGAAAUGUAUAUUCUAUAACUAAUAUAGUAAUAUCAACUUGUAAUUUUUGAAAUACAUCCUUAUAAAAAUUGUUGACUAGUUGAGAAAAAAAAACUUUCGCUUGAAUUACAAUUUAAAAAUAUUUAUAUAAAUAAUAAUAGGAAAAAAAAACUUAUUAAUUUAUUGAUAUAAACCACCAAAAAAUAAAAA